CGAAAACAAAAUCUCACAUGUGGAACACGAAUAUUGAAGUGGCGCUCCCCUUUUAUUAGAAAAAUAACUUCUUCGCUUUGAUUAGCGUAUUGAUACAUAUUUUAAUAGUUUUCUGUGCAUUAUAAGAGGACAUCUGUUCCGAUUAAUGUUAUUUUACUUCCGGAUCGAGAAGUGCCUUCUGUAGUGGGAAGAAGAACUCUUCAUGAAAAUUUUCACCUAUCGCGGGGAGGUCUGGAACACAACCCCCGCGAUCGAGGAGGGAUUACUGUAUUGCCCUCUAAAGAGCCAUUCCCAAAAGCUGUGAAUGAAAUAUUACAUGGAUGAUGGAAACAACCUUUCAGGGAAAAAAACACAAAAAGAAAAACAAGGAGAAGAAGAACACGACAUCGAACGAGACAACUCCUUCUUCUUCUGUUCUGACUUUUAAUGGUGUUGUGGGAAAAUGUUUAGAUAUGUCUGGAGACGAAGCACAAAAGAAGAAAAAGAAACGCAAGCAGGUUUUAGGUGAUGAGUUCCAAGAAAGGGAAUCCCAUAGGGAAAUAGAAAAGAGACAUAAAAAGAAAGAGGGUGGUUUUACUUCUGCACCAGUGGAGGAGUGUGGCACACUUGGAGAUCUGCACACAAAGAAGAAGAAGAGGAAGAAGGUAGCAGAGAAUGAAGAAUGCCACGUGGGUGAAGUGACCUGCUAUGGAAACCAAGAUGAAACGGGAGCAAUGACAGAGAAGUGUGCCCGAGUCAAGAAAAACAGAAAACGGAGACAAGAGGAGAUGCAGGAAAGUCCUGAUGAGACACGGGGGAGAUGGCAAGUGGAUCAAGCUAGUGAACAAAUGGAGGAGCUUGACACACCAAAGGAGGAGCACAAAAAGAAGAAAAAGAAGAAACAAUAUAGGGAUGAUAGCUUUGAGCACGAAGUGGAGAGUGAAUUUGUGCAUGAUGCUAGAAAGAAGAAAAAACGAAGGACUUCUAGUCAUCAGGAGCUGGAAGAGGACAGCUACACAUCUCAUGAUCAGCAAGAAGUGGCUGAAAUAAGGAAAACAAACAAAGGCGACGGGUCACCUCUGAAUGAUAACAACUUUAGAGAACUGAGCAAAUCUAGCAAAACCAAGAAAAAGAAAAAGCGGCAUACACAGGCUAGUCCUGAUGAAGAGCUGAUGUCAGAAUUGCUUUCUGAUCGGCAAGGAGAGAACCAAAGUGAUCAGCUUGCAAGGACAGAUGUUGAAAAUCUCACAGAGGCCCUUGGUGUUGGUACAAUGGAAAUUAGUAGUUUUGAGCAGCCAUCCCAAAAACGCAAAAAACAAAAACGCAGUCAGAAGAGGGGAGCUUCUGAAGUUGCUGAUUCGACUACGAGGCAGACGGGCCAAUCAGAAGAAGACAGUUCUGAAGGGUAUGAGGAGCCCACUGAUUCCGAAGAAUUAAUAAAUGAAUUGGAAAAAUAUGUUCCCUGUGUGAGGAAGUAUAAAAAACGCCUAAUUCUUAGUAUGUUUAAAUAUGACCUGGAGCGGUUCAAGAAAUUCCACGAAGAAGGAAUUGCUAUAAAAUUUGGAAAAUUUGCAAAAGUAGAAAAUGAGAGGUUGAAAACCAACACAGAAAAGUUAAUGAAACUAACUGGAAUCUCUUCUUCUGAUAAGCUGCACUUUCCUUCUCGUUACCCAGAAGAAGAGAAAACUAUCAAACGCUUAAGAGAACAGAAUAAUUUUUUUACUAAUCUGGCGGAUGGAAUUCCAAGACCAUGCCAGCUUGUUUACAAUCAUGCAAGAAAAAUAUUUGAUAACUUUAAUUACAUGGGAAGGUAUACUGAGAGUGAGAUUAAUGAUCUCAAGCGAUUUCAUACUCUGUAUGGAAACAACUGGAGCAAAUUGUCUUCACUGAUUGGCCGAAACCAGCAUUCACUGCAGAUGAAGUGGUCCCAGUUAGGAGACUAUAGUAAGGGUCCAUGGACCCCCGUGGAAAAGAAAUCCUUGAUAAAAGCCAUGCAAAGCCACUUUCAAAACAGGCUGGACCCAACAGCUAUUCAAGAUGAACUUGAGCAGGAGUCGGAGGCAAACCAUGAAGAAGAGCACAAGCUCAUACUCACAGAUAAACUGUAUAAGAAUAUUCCAUGGAAGAAGGUUUCUGAACAAGUUAAGACCCGAAAUUGGAUGUCCUGCAGAAUACAGUGGAUGCGAAUACUGCAGAAGAAAAUGCAGAAAACGAAAAAUUCAUUCCCAAGCGUCAGCAGUAUUCAUGCCAAAAUCAAACUCAUUAAAAAGUUAUACCAGAUGAAUGUGGGAGAUGCUUCUGAAAUUGACUGGGAGGAGUUAACAGAUAUUAUCGGAGAUGUAACCCCUACCUACACACAAAACCUGUUUUGCAGAUUGAAGAUACUUAAUGUUCCAAACUGGCAGAUGAAGACCUUUCCAGAAAUUAUUGAUUUCCUUUACCUCAAAAUCCUUCCACGUUUAGAAGAAAAAGUCAAGAAAGUUCAGAAGAAGAAACGCAAGGAGCUCCCAGAAUCCGAACAAAGAAAAACAAGCUUCCAGUUUUCUGAAGUUUUUUCCGAGUCUGAAGAAGAAGAACUUCUAGAGUAAGAAAGUGGCGUCGCCCUUCAUCAUCUGAAUGGUCCAACUAGCAUUCGUAAACUGGCAGUUUGUGUCCAGGCAAAGGGAAAACUGACCCACUCAAGACACCAAACUUGGUAACAAAGUGAUGUGUGCUGCCAGGAAUAACUCGGUCUCUCGUGGCAAGAAGAAUCACGAGUUUUAUAGCCUUUUUUAUAUUCUGGGGAUAUUCUUUUAGAUCCUUUUAAAACUUUAUAGUGUUUCUUACAGAGCUUUUGAAGAAGAAUGCCAGUUACUAUUGUAUAAAACCUGUUCACAUUAGGCUGUUUAACGGUCUAAUGUUUUGGUUACUUUUUUACUAAAGAAAAGCAGAUUUUUCUAUCAUUUAUAAAUCAUUAUCUUUUGCUACAACUAGUGUGUGACUCCAUCUCAAACUGUAAAGCAGGCAGACAUGGUCAAGAGCUUACGUUGUUGUUUGAUCAAACACAAAUGGACAACCCAUGUGCUCUAAAUGACUUUGACAAGAGUAUAAUUGUUGGUGCCAGGCAUGGAUUCAGUCUGUUGACUUUACAGAGAAUGGGAUAGCAGACAGACAGAAGACCCCCAGUGACUGGUGAAUGAGAGACUCAUUUGGGACCUCUAAACACACAGCAUGUCGGACUUUAAAGCAGGUGGGCUACAGCAGCAGAAGAUCAUGACAGGUUCUAUAACUGACAACAAGGCGGCACUGGGCACAUGGGCAUCAAAAGCAGGCAACUGUAGGCUGGAAAAAUGUCGUCUGUUCUGGUGAGUCUCGAUUUCUGCUGUGAUGAACAGUCUGACAGAAACAUCGAACCAGCCUUGUGUCAGCACUACAGGCUGGUGGUGGUGGAGAAUUGGAGUGGGGAAGGUUUUUUGGCACACCAGACCUCUAAUACCAAAAAAAAUAAACGUAUUGGUGCACACCCUUCAGCUAAAAUUUGAGAGAUACGUCUUCGUCAACUUGGUGCACACAGGUUUUCCCAUUUUAUUGCAAUUUUAUUUAUUUAUUUUUUUCUUCAUUGCAAGUCUCCAGUGC